AUGGUGAUCGAGCCUUGCAACUGCACGUUUCAGCUUUUGAUGGAACAUGUAAACGAGAUUGAGUCGUAUAACGGUGGAGAUCAAGGUUACUUGAACGAGGUGUUCACGUGGUGGCAUCGGAUUCCGAAACACAUGAAUUUCUUGAAGCAUUUUUGGGUUGGGGAUGAAGAUGACGUGAAGCGCAAGAAAACGGAGUUGUUUGGAGCAGAGCCUCCUAUUCUUUAUGUUCUUCAUUACCUGGGGAUGAAGCCGUGGCUAUGUUACCGUGACUAUGACUGUAACUUCAACUCCGACAUAUUCAUUGAGUUUGCGACAGAUUGA